GUGUGUGUGUGUGUAGCUACAGAUAUAUUGCAUAAUCAUGUUCAGGAAAAUAUGCACUUUCAUAGAUGCACACGUGCAGCUGAUGAAGGGUCGUGAUUUGUUUUUUCUUUGACGCAAGUAUGUAAUCGACAAUGCAUCAUCAGAGUGUCACGCCCCUAAAAUUGAACAUUAAAAAAAAAAAACUUUCUGUCCAACCAGAAGCUGUGUCUGUUGGAUGCAGGAUGUUUAUGAUGAGAUGGAGGUUCUCAGUUCCCUACUACAAAAUGCGCACAAACAAACACGUACACACGUAUAUACACACACACACACAUACACACCCACGCACACUUUCGCUCUCUCUCACUCACCUCCAUUGGAAGCCCACACCCCAGCGAUUGACAAAGCGCAUCUUUCAAAAUGAUUACAAAACUCGACAGUAUGUUUUUGCCCCCCAAAAAGUUCAUCUACCACUACAAGAACAUGCGCUGGGCAAAGGGCCGCAACGAAACCUACCUGUGCUUUGUGGUGAAGAGGCGAGUGGGGCCAAACUCUUUGACCUUUGACUUUGGACACCUCCGUAAUCGAAACGGCUGCCACGUAGAGUUGCUGUUUUUACGUUACCUGGGAGUCCUGUGCCCUGGAGUCUGGGGUAGCGGAGAGGCGGGCCAGAGGAGACUCAGCUACUCCAUCACUUGGUUCUGCUCCUGGUCUCCCUGCGCAAACUGCUCCGCCGCUCUGUCCCAGUUCCUGAGCCGGAUGCCCAACCUUCGGCUCAGGAUCUUUGUGGCCCGCCUCUACUUCUGUGACAUGGAGGACAGCCAUGAGAGAGAGGGCCUGCGACUGCUACAGAAAGCGGGAGUGCAAGUCACAGUCAUGAGUUACAAAGACUACUACUACUGCUGGCAGACCUUUGUGGAUCGCAAGAAAAGCCACUUCAAGGCUUGGGAAGACCUUCAUCAGAAUUCUGUCAGACUGUCCAGGAAACUCAAUCGCAUCCUGCAGCCCUGUGAGAUGGAUUUAAGAGAUGCCUUCAAGCUUCUUGGACUGUGAAACGUUAUCUCCGGUGGCCCCUCACUACGAUUGCUGGACCGAGUCUGCCAUAGGAACAAAAACUGCUUUCGUUGUAUCAAGGCUUGAAAGAACAUUGCUUGCUUGCUUGCUUGUUGUGUCUAUGCAGCAUGGCCAGACUAAAUAAACUAUCUACCCUGUUA